AAAAUGGACCUAGCCAAUCUCAGAUCUAGGAUUUCUUUUGCCUAUAAAUAUUCCUAAACAUCACUCCGUAGAACUCGUGCUCAUCUCUCCUCUUCUCCUCUACACACUCACUAACCGGACUCUUCUAAUAUCUUGCCGGUUCUAUCUCCGUUUGAAAAUGGCGUCUCACAUUGUUGGAUACCCGCGCAUGGGCCCCAAGAGAGAGCUCAAGUUUGCAUUGGAGUUUUUCUGGGAUGGCAAGAGCAGCGCCGAGGAUUUGGAGAAGGUUGCUGCUGAUCUCAGAUCUGCUAUCUGGAAACAGAUGUCUGAGGCCGGGAUCAAGUACAUUCCCAGCAACACUUUCUCUUACUAUGACCAAGUGCUCGACACCACUGCAAUGCUCGGCGCUGUUCCAGAUAGGUACAAUUGGGACGGUGGUGAGAUUGGGUUCGAUGUUUACUUCUCUAUGGCAAGAGGAAAUGCCUCUGUUCCCGCCAUGGAAAUGACCAAGUGGUUUGACACAAACUACCACUACAUUGUCCCUGAAUUGGCACCGGAAACCAAAUUCUCUUAUGCUUCACACAAGGCUGUGAGUGAAUACAAGGAGGCUAAGGCGCUUGGAGUAGAGACUGUUCCAGUCAUUGUUGGCCCUGUGUCUUACUUGUUGCUCUCUAAACCUAGUAAGGGUGUUGAAAAGUCCUUCUCUCUUCUCUCCCUCCUCCCCAAAAUCCUUCCCAUCUACAAGGAAGUUAUUUUUGAACUUAAAGCUGCUGGUGCCACAUGGAUUCAGUUUGAUGAGCCUAUGCUUGUAAUGGAUCUUGAAUCUCACAAAUUGCAAGCAUUCACUGAGGCCUAUGCUGAAUUGGAAUCAACUCUCUUUGGCUUGAAUGUUCUCAUUGAGACCUACUUUGCUGAUAUUCCUCCUGAGGCAUUCAAGACCCUCACUGGUUUGAAGGGUGUCACUGCCUAUGGUUUUGAUUUGGUUCGUGGAACUAAGACCCUUGACCUUAUCAAGGGUGGAUUCCCUCAUGGAAAAUACCUCUUUGCUGGAGUAGUUGAUGGAAGGAACAUUUGGGCCAAUGAUCUUGCUGCUUCACUCAGCACCCUGCAUAAACUUGAGGGCAUUGCGGGCAAAGACAAGCUUGUCGUCUCUACCUCUUGCUCUCUUCUCCACACAGCUGUUGAUCUUGUUAAUGAGCCUAAGCUGGACAAGGAAAUCAGGUCAUGGCUUGCAUUUGCUGCCCAGAAAGUUGUUGAAGUGAAUGCACUGGCCAAGUCUUUGGCUGGUCAGAAGGAUGAGGAAUUCUUCUUUGCCAAUGCUGCUGCUCAUGCUUCUAGGAAAUCCUCCCCAAGGGUGACCAAUGAGGCAGUUCAAAAGGCUGCUGCUGCUUUGAAGGGUUCCGACCACCGACGUGCUACCAAUGUUAGUGCUAGAUUGGAUGCCCAACAGAGGAAGCUGAAUCUUCCAGUCCUCCCAACCACCACCAUUGGGUCCUUCCCACAAACCAUUGAACUUAGGAGAGUUCGCCGUGAAUAUAAGGCUAAGAAGAUCUCUGAGGAAGAAUAUGUUAAUGCCAUCAAGAAAGAAAUCAACAAAGUUGUCAAGCUCCAAGAGGAGCUUGAUAUUGAUGUCCUCGUUCAUGGAGAGCCUGAGAGGAACGAUAUGGUUGAGUACUUUGGAGAGCAGUUGUCAGGAUUUGCCUUCACUGCCAAUGGAUGGGUGCAAUCGUAUGGAUCUCGUUGUGUGAAGCCACCAAUUAUCUAUGGUGAUGUGAGCCGUCCCAAACCCAUGACUGUCUUCUGGUCCACUAUGGCUCAGAGCAUGACUGCACGGCCAAUGAAGGGAAUGCUUACUGGCCCUGUCACCAUUCUCAACUGGUCCUUUGUCCGAAAUGACCAGCCCAGAUUUGAGACCUGCUACCAGAUUGCUUUGGCUAUCAAGGACGAAGUUGAGGAUCUUGAGAAGGCGGGCAUCAAUGUCAUCCAAAUUGAUGAGGCUGCUUUGAGAGAAGGAUUGCCUCUUAGGAAAUCUGAGCAUGCUUUCUAUUUGGAAUGGGCUGUACACUCCUUCAGGAUAACCAACGUCGGUGUCCAGGACACUACCCAGAUCCACACACACAUGUGCUACUCCCACUUCAACGACAUUAUUCACUCCAUUAUUGACAUGGAUGCUGAUGUGAUUACCAUUGAGAACUCUCGUUCUGAUGAGAAGCUCCUUUCUGUCUUCCGUGAGGGAGUUAAGUAUGGUGCUGGAAUUGGCCCUGGUGUCUAUGACAUCCACUCUCCUAGAAUACCAUCAACUGAAGAGAUUGCUGACAGAAUCAACAAAAUGCUUGCAGUGCUUGAAUCCAACAUCCUCUGGGUGAACCCUGACUGCGGUCUCAAGACUCGCAAGUAUGCUGAGGUGAAGCCUGCCCUCACAAAUAUGGUUGCUGCCGCCAAGGUCCUCCGCACCCUGCUUGCCAGUGCCAAGUGACUGGUUUCAGGAGAUACAAGUGUAAUCCCCUCCCCAUGUUAUUGAUUCUUACUCCAAACAAAGAAAAAGAAAUUCCUGCCUUGUUAUUUGAAUAACUGGUUCCUGAUGAAAGAAAAGUUUUAGUAGGCAAAAUAUGCCCGUUUGAGGCAAAUGAUUUUUCUUUUAUGGUUGGUUUUUGUGUUUUUAUAAUAUUUUGUAUUCUGGGACUAUGCCCAAAUUGCACGCAUCUGCGGUUGAAAAAUUAAUGGAAUGGCUUUACCAGGUAGAGCAUUACUCUCA